CUUCCAUCUACUAAAGCACGAUUGUUAUUCGAGCAGACGAGUCAAGGCACAGAAAUGGCUUUUAACGCUUUCCAUUUACUCGUGAUCAUGGUGCACAUGGUUGUCGUAUUUCAGUCAGCAAAUUCUCUGAGUUGUUACACAUGCACAAGUAAAACGUCAUGGGCAGAUUGCAACUCAAAGAUGACUAAAUUAGAAUGUCCAUCGGGUUCACCCAACUGUGUCACGGGAACGUUGACCUGUACAAAUCUCGAUGACGAGGAAACCGUCUUUUACAAGAGAUGUGGCGCCCCGGGAGACGAUUGUGGCCCGAGAAGGGCCGAUUAUCCAACCUGUUCAUCUUCGUCAUCCAUAAGUUGGUCGUACUCUUACUCCAGCAGCUGCUGUUCAGGAAACAAUUGCAACUCGGGGUCAUUCCACAGAAUCAACAAAGCGAAUCUGGGAAUGUGUAUGGUAUUAAUCAUUUUGGCUCUUCGUCUGAUACUUGCCGAGCGUUUCUAAAACAGCAUUUCUGUUGCUGUAUGAUCCACUUAAAGAGCAAUAAAAUUUUUAAUUACCUUGAUUCAACUUAAUAUGACGUAGUUGGUAAACAUUCAACAAUAUGUAUGAAUAUACUAGAAGAAAGAAUUGUUCGAGAAGGAAAGGUGAAUGCUACUUUUACUAUGUGCCAAUUGUAAAUUUCAGUAUUCUGUAUGAUUCCAUACCAUUAGUUCUUUAGACAAUAAAUAAAAGUGGACAUGCACAAUUUCA